CAACUAAACAAGCUUUUGUGGCUGGUGGCGCUUGAAAGCCCAAUCUUCUCUCCCUCUCUUUCUCUCUCCACAAGAUGCUGGUGCUCUCGCCUAUCUACGCCGCACCACCGCCACCGUCGUACCGACCAAGACCGACCCGACGGUCCAUGAACCCGUCGGGUCGGGUCCUGGCCAUGGCGAACGACGCCAGCGACAGCGGUGGGCCACUGGAGAAAGCGGCAAUCGCGGGAGGAUUGGUGUCGUCACCGGUCAUCGGGUGGUCUCUCUACACUCUGAAGACCACUGGGUGCGGCCUGCCUCCGGGACCCGGCGGCUCGAUCGGUGCGCUCGAAGGCGUGAGCUACCUGGUAGUGGCGGGAAUAGUGGGGUGGUCACUGUACACGAAGGUGAGAACCGGGUCGGGUCUGCCCAACGGGCCAUUCGGGUUACUGGGUGCGGUGGAGGGCUUGUCGUAUCUGUCGCUGCUCGCGAUUCUUGUGGUGUUCGGCCUGCAGUUCCUGCAGAAUGGGUCACUCCCUGGUCCUCUUCCUAGUGACCAGUGUUUCGGAUAACCCUCCCGUAAUAACAUUACAUUCAAAUGUAUCUAUUCACAUCGAAAUUUUUUCUAUGCUCUUACUUUUUAAACUAUAUUUCGAAUAUAGUAGAAGUUUUAUGUAAAACCAUAAACUAGUGUCAACUCUGGAUUUGCAUAUGA